AUGAGCGCACCUGCAGCAAGACCACCACCAAGGUCACCUUCAGGAUCAGAUAACACACAGUUAAUACAAAUGAUUGGAGGAGUGUUAGUAGGUGUGGGUAUUAUUGCUCUGAUGUAUAAAUUCGUGUUUGCUGAUAAACCAGCAGUCAUUGCAAGUAAACCAGAACCAAAAGACGUUAAAGAACCUGAAGUAUCUAAGGAAAUAGUAUAUCCAUGUUUCGAGGAGGAGGAACUAGAACCUUGUGAGGAAAGAGUAAGAAGAUUCUCUUUAGAUGGUUCACUCUGUUGCUGGAGGCAUUAUCUUGGUAUUUUCGGGAAGCCUGUUUUAUGCAGAGGAGACUCGGAGAAGAAGGAAAGUGGCUUAUGA